AUGCCAGGUGGCAGGAAGAAGGUAAAAUCAGUAGGUCCAGUCUCUGUUGUGGGGGGUGUUGUGUUGGUAAUGUUGGGCGCCUCUAAGAACAAGAAGAACUAUCUACCCCCAACAGUUGUUAAUCGUUAUGGCCAUCUUGAAUACCCAAGUCCAACAAGUAGCAGAAAUAGAGAAGAAGAUACUAAGAGAUCUAAAUAUAAAUAUAUAGAUAGAAUGACAGGAGAAAAAUCAAGUAGUUUAAACUCAUUCAUAGCAGGAGGUAUAGCAGGCGUGACAGCAAAGUCUGCAGUUGCACCUCUUGAAAGAGUCAAGAUCUUAUAUCAAAUUAGAAGCCAAGUAUAUUCACUCGACUCGAUUGCAGGAUCACUCGGCAAGAUAUGGAAGAAUGAAGGUGUCAAAGGUUUGUGGCGUGGCAAUACUGCUACCAUUGCAAGAGUAUUCCCAUAUGCUGCUGUUCAAUUCCUUACAUUUGAUACAAUUAAAAGAAAAUUAGCAUCAGAUAAAUUUUCAGCAUAUAAUAUGUUUAUAGCAGGUAGUGCGGCAGGAGGAGUUGCUGUCAUUGCCACUUAUCCAUUGGAUUUGCUUAGAGCAAGACUUGCCAUCGAAGUAUCGGCCAAACAUACAAAACCAUUGGAUCUCUUUAGGAGCACAUUUACAAACGAAGGAUUCAGAGGCAUAUAUAGAGGUAUUCAACCAACAUUGAUAGGUAUUCUCCCAUACGGAGGUAUUAGUUUUAUGACUUUUGAAUCACUCAAAUCGAUGGCACCAUACAAUGCCUACAAAGAAAAUGGAGAACUUACAGCCACCUACAAAUUGUUUGCUGGUGGUGCUGCAGGUGGUGUUGCACAAACAGUCUCUUAUCCACUCGAUGUCGUCAGAAGAAGAAUGCAAACACAUGGUUAUGGUGAUGGAAAGGUUGAAAUCGAUCUAAAGCGUGGUUCUUUAAUGUCUGUCUAUCGUAUCUUCCGUAAUGAAGGUAUUAUGAGUCUUUAUAGAGGAUUGAGCAUAAAUUAUAUUAAAGUUAUUCCAACCUCUGCUAUUGCUUUUUACACUUAUGAAUUUUGUACUCAAUUAUUUAAUCGAAUUUAA